GGUGUAUUUUUGACACUUUACCCUUUACUUUAUCACCAUUAUCACAUUUCCCGCCAUUAAUAAACUAGGUCUUAUCAAAAUUUCAACUUCACUAUUCAAAACCCCAAAAUUUUACAAAAAGUAACAACAAUGACGAGCCAAUCUGAUAAUGCUAUCGCAUUUUCAGCAGCUGAGUUGGAGUUUCUAGCGGAAGAUGAAAUGGUUGAAAUCGUGCCAAACAUGAGAAUGGAACCUCUCAAUCUUAUAUCUGGAGAUUUUGGACCUUUCCGUCCACAAAUAGCUGCACAGGUGCCUCUCUGGUUAGCAGUGGCUUUGAAGAAAAGAGGGAAAUGCACUAUCAGACCUCCUGAAUGGAUGUCCGUUGAAAAGUUAACCCAAGUUCUGGAAGCUGAAAGAGACACUGAAAAGUUCCAACUAUUACCAUUUCAUUAUGUUGAAAUCUCGAGGCUUCUUUUUGAUCAUGCCCGCGAAGAUAUUCCUGACAUCUAUAUGGUGAGGUCUCUUAUUGAAGAUAUUAAGGAUGUGCGGUUUCACAAAAUUGGAACUGGUUUGGAGAUAAUUUCUAAGGAGGUCACAUAUGCGUUGAGGCUUAAAAAUCUCUCAGCAAUGGAGGCAAAUAUAGUACGUCCAUUUGUUACCAAAGCUUUGCUGACAUUUCAUAAGUUAAAUACUUCAGAAGCAAUACCAGAAUCUGGUAGUGUUCCAAACAGACAGCGUCAAGCAGUGGAUCCGAGGGAUAAACGUGUACUGAAAGGUCGAUGAAACUAUUCUGUCUUCAUUGCCGCAUCUUGACCCCUCCAAAGAGACAUGAAUUGAGCGUCCUGCUAACAAGGGAAGUACUAUUAUCAUGCAAGUCCGUCUUGUAUUUGUAUCAUACUUGUAACUGGUUCUUUUUAUCCUCCUUUUGAUCAGCGAUGAAUGACUGAAAAAUCUCCCUUCUGUAAAAUUUAAAAAUUUAAUUCUGAUUCUGUGUCUUGAUAUUCAAUUAUCAGAAGGGUGCACAGGGAUCUGUGAUGCAUAAUUGUAA